AUGGGAUUAGGCAGAGCUUCAAAGGCCAAGAAGCAAAAGAAAGAAAAAUCACCUGUCAAAGAAGUGGAAGAUGAUACGGAUACAGAAGAUUUUCUUACAGUUCCAUUAGAGGUAGGAGCAGAUGCCGAUGAUCCAUUGUCGCAGCUAUCUGCUCUUUGGAAGACUUGGCUAUUAUCAGACAGAGAAAACGAGUUAAUAUUGAACGGUGUCGUUAAUGAGUGUGAUAGAUUGAUGAGACUGGCUGCGGAGGGGGGAAAGGAAAAAGAUGGAGAGACAAAUGUGAAGCGUUCUCCCGAACUCUAUGCCAUAUUUGGAUUAGCAUUGGCCGAUUCGGCGCGCUUCCACACAGAGGAUGACGAAAAUAGUGGAACCGCGGUCAAGGACUACUUUGAUAAUGCCAUGGGAAGAGUCGACAACGGGUUGGAUAAAUUCGGCGAGAGCGGGUUGUUGAAGUUUGCUAAAUCUAGUAUUCUAAUGAACAGAAUUCCGCUUGAAUACAUUUCACACAUGAGUUUUGAAUCGAAAUCUAAUGAAUAUCCGGAUGUGACUGAAUUAUUGGAUGAUGCUUUAGAAUUAUAUAGAGAAGGAAGCAAGGACGAGAAUGUUAAACUUGGCCAAGAACUGUGGAUAUUCGAGAUUUUAGAGGCAUUUAACGAUUUGCAAGAAAUUGUCCGGAAUUUUGGUAGAGAUCAAUCUGAAGAGAUCGAUAGCGAAGAAGAGGUUGAAGAGGAGGAAAUGGAGGAAUCUGGUCAGAUCGUUAGUUUACUGGAUGAACAUCAUCCAUUGUACAAGUUAAUUGGCAAAUUGGAGAAACCUGACUACGGAGAGUUCUUUAAAGAUCAAGUGAGUAACUAUUUGAAACAUACCGAGAAUAAUAAGCAGUUGAAGCGCAAGGUGGCCGGUAAGUUGGGAUUGUGGUACUUAUCAAAAGCGGAACAAGCUGCCACCAAAUAUGGAAGUGGAGGAAAAGCGGAAUCGAUGGAUGCGGCUAUAGGUAUAAUUAAAACCUGCAUUAAACAUUUGAAAGAAGCAUGGAGUGAUGAAGACCCUGAUAGUUGGGUGGAUUUAGCAGAGGCCCAGAUUACAUACGCGAAUUUACUACCAGUGGAUAGUAAAGAGCAGGAACAUCUGUAUGAAUUGGCGGAGAAGAGCUUAAAGAAGGCCAACAAUGCAACGCAUGGAAAAUAUACCGAUAUUUUGGAAAGUCUACAUGAUUGA